UGUCUGUGUGUUGGUGCAUCUUGACUCCUGCCGCAGUUGGCUGGCGGAGAGGCCACCGGGGUCGUGACGUCACUGGACCGAUCUUUCCCCCCGGGGACCGUUGUCGGCAUACUCUGCGAUGAUAGGCGAGCCGCCGGAGUGGGAGACGCUGGGGCACUCUAAAACCACUUAGCCAGACGGGGCCGGGCAUGCUCGCAGUGCCCAAGUACGACCGUUUUUGGAACGACGCCACGACACCCUCGGAGACGGCAGCCAUGAGCAGCAACGACCCGGUGCCCCCGCCCCCCAUUCCCCCGGGCGACGAGCCGGAAACCGGGACCACCUUCUGCACCCUGAUCCCCAAGAUGCCCCAGUGGAAGUUCGCCGGGCCCUCGGGCUUCCUCAGCCGCAGCCCUUCCAGCGCCAACAAGGAGCUCUCGGCUUCCGGGAAGAGCGGGUCGGGGUCCGGCCUGGCCGCGGUGCUCAGCGCCUGCGAGCCGGUUUGCGCCACGCCCUGCAGCCUCCCCGUGAUGAGCCGUCUCCGGGGAGGCUCCGGCGGCGGGAGGAAGGCGCCACGGGCCGAGGGCCACAAGCCGGGCGGCGACGAGUGGAGCCGCAAGGGGAGCUUCAUCAGCAAGCCGGUGCAAGGGUGGCUCCACCCGGACGAGAGGGUCCUCAGUCCGGGCGUCUCGUAUGUGGUUCGGUACAUGGGGUGCAUCGAGAUUCUCCGCUCCAUGCGGUCGCUGGAUUUCACCACACGAACGCAGGUAACCAGGGAAGCCAUCAACCGACUCUACGAGGCCGUCCCGGGGGUGAAAGGGACCUGGAAGAAAAAGGCCCCCAACAAAGCUCUCUUCUCCAUCCUUGGCAAGAGCAACCUCCACUUCGCUGGACUCAGUAUCGUCGUCAACAUCUCCAUCGACGGGCUGAACCUCAUGAUCCCGACGACCCGACAGAUCAUCGCGAACCAUCAUAUGCAAUCCAUUUCCUUCGCUUCGGGGGGCGAUACGGACACAACCGACUAUGUGGCCUAUGUCGCCAAGGAUCCCAUUAACCAGCGAGCGUGCCACAUCCUGGAGUGUUGCAACGGACUCGCGCAGAGCGUCAUCAGCACCGUCGGGCAGGCCUUCGAGCUCCGCUUCAAGCAGUACCUUCACAGCCCCCCCAAAACCGUCACCCCGCAAGAGAGGUCCACGGGGACGGACGAGGCCGGAUGGGGCGAAGAGGAGGAGGCCUCGGAGCACGACUACUACAACAGCAUCCCAGGCAAAGAGCCGCCGCUGGGAGGACUGGUGGACUCCCGCCUCCACCACAGCGCCUCACUGGGCAACGUGCCCUUCUCCUACUCCAGCCACUUCAGCCAGGUCGGCUCGCCCGCCCGGAGAGAUCUGAGCAGCCAUGCCAACCUGAACUGGGAUGCCGACCCUCACGGGCUGAGCUCCGACGGCUACGUUGAGGCGGACGGGAAGCCCCUGGGCUCCCAAGACUACGAAGACCACAUGUACGUCAACACCCAGAACUUGGACAACUGGGAGGCGGAUCCCGGCGGGGCCCGUCCGCUUGCCGAGAGCCCCCCCAAGGACCUCUUUGAUAUGAGGCCUUUCGAAGAUGCCUUGAAGCUCCACGCGUCCAUGUCAGCGUGUGGCCUGGGCGGCGGCCCGCCGGUGGAAGACCAGUGGCCCAGCCCUCCAACCCGGAAGGCCCCCAUCGCCCCGACGGAGGAGCAGCUGAAGCAAGAGCCCUGGUACCACGGCAAGAUGAGCCGGAAGGACGCCGAGAAGCGGCUGCGGGCCGACGGGGACUUCUUGGUGCGGGACAGCAUCACCAACCCAGGGCAAUACGUCCUGACCGGGAUGCAUGGCGGGCAGCCCAAGCACUUGCUCCUGGUGGACCCCGAAGGAGUAGUGAGGACAAAGGACGCCUUGUUUGAAAGCAUCAGUCACCUGAUCAACUACCACCUGCAGAACGAGCAGCCCAUCGUGGCGGCCGAGAGCGAGCUGCACCUGCGCCAGGUGGUGAGAUGGAAGCCAUGACGGCCUGGACUCUGGCACCGAAAACAACGCUGGGCCAGUCGUCUAGGUAUGGAUCGAUCGCUUGCCUUUUUCCGGACAAAAGAGAGCGAGAUGGAGAGAAUUCCCGAGGGUUUAUUAGCGGGACGUUUCCAAACCAAUUUCAAGGAUUUCGGAAUGAAAACGCCGGGCGGGAGAGACAUAGCGGGGAUAUAUAUUCCCUUUUGUUCCUCGUUGUAAAGCUCCGCGGCCGGUCCAUUAGCGGAGCCAGUUUCGCUCGAACGAGAAAGUCGGCGAAGCGGGGAAGCUCGCCGUCACGCUUGUGACAUCCCGCCCACCCUUUUUGUGUGUGUGUACGUGUGCAAGUUGUUGCUCGGAACGAAAACAAGGGCACACGCGACCCCGCCGGCACCGUCUCUGCUCUUCCCAAGAUCGCCACAAGGGGUCGCUGCGGCGCAAGGAGCGUUUCCCAGGAAUGUCGCACUUAUCGAGAGCGUCUACACUGUCGAAUUAAUGCAGUUCGACGCCGCUUUAACGACCCUGGCUCAAUGCUAUGGAAUCGCAUAAUAUAAUAUGACCCACACUAUUAUAAUAUAACCCAAUUUCCCCAAAAAGAACAGCCAAUGACCGCGAAGCAUUGCUGUUUGGGAUAUGUUUCUAAUUAAAUACGGAAAUGUU